AGGAGAGAAUAAGUAACAUUUUCGUUUCAUUAGAGGUGUAACAACUGUGUUAGGGACACGCCACUAUGUGUUUGGGACACAACUAGCUGUGUGUUUUUCCUCUUAAUUAAUGAAUACAAUUAACAAAGCUUGCUCUCGUGAUAAAUAAAGGUUAGGCCAAGCCAAGCCAAGUGAGACGCCAGAGCUCCGGGCAUAAUUUCGCCUCGGCAUGCUUGGUCCCAUCUGCAAGUUUGUGUAAAAAACAAAGCCAUGGCCAAGUCACUGAGGAGAGAACAAAAAAUGCAUUAUGGAGAGGAUGGUGAGGAGGCUGAAGUUUUUAAAUCUCUGGCUGGACUGAACAGAUCGAUUCUCAAAGGUCUUGUAAGACUGAGAGGGGAGCCACCAAUAUCAAGAACCAGAGAACUAUCUUUGAUGCUUGAAGAAGUGAUGUGGCAUGCUCAGGAAAGCAGGAUCAUACUCAAAGAGAUGCAAGCAAGAGCACGCAUGGCACCGGAGAGUUUUCAAGACCAAGGCACGCAGACCCCCAGAAGAUGGAAGAAAGACGUGGAACUGAAUAGGAAACAGCUGGGAAAGAUGCAACAGUUUGCAGAUGAGGUGUGUUCAGCAGUCGAUGAGGGAUCAAAGCAAGGCUUGCCUGUGAUUGGAGAGUCUCGUCAUGAACAUAAAACAUGGUGUGAACAGUCCUACAGACAUGUUGUUCCUACCAUUCAGCACUGGGCGGAGAUCAUCAUGAAAGAUAAACACACGGAUGCUCGGAGUGAGAGGCAGAAGAAGAAGGAUCUUUUUGAAGCCGAGAAGAUGGUGUCACAUUUUCAGCGGCUGUUUGAUGUUCCCACGAGAGACGGGACCUACACACGGAUGACGGAGGUCUAUCACAGGCUAGAGGAACUCCAGAACAUUCUUCAUACCCUCAAGAGUCUGCUAGGACUACCCGAUAGCAUACCUGCCAACAGAGUGGUAGUGGCCCUGGGUCAUCUCUGUGACCUUCAUUCUGAUACCUCCACUAAACUCUUAAGCCACUUACUGCAGACAGACAACCUUGAAAGACUAAUCCUGUGCCUUGAUCAAUAUCACAAAUUCUUUCCCGCCUUUGAAGGCAUUGCCAAAGAUCUAAUGGAAAUAUUAGGUGUGGAUUCAUUAGGGAAAGUGGUAUCUGCAGUCAGAGCACUGAAACUCUUACAUCCUUAUUGAUUGAACUUUGGUUAUACCCUUCAAAUAUCUCUUUGGAUUUGUGAUUAUAUGGUAAUCAAAUAGUAUAGUUAGUAAUCUAUGCACAAGGAUAGUAUAAGGUGAUGUUCCCUGGGUUUUUUUUUUGGUACAGAAGGGGAUCGAGUUUCCGACAGUCGGUCAAACACUAUUGGAAGAAGCACUGCUUUUCAUGUUAAACGAUCAUAAUGUUUGUUCAAUUAGAGAGGGAAAUUCAUUUAGUGGCAAACAUCACACUAUGCAUACCUGCCAACAUUUGAAAGUGAGAAAUUUGUUUGUUUGCUUGUUGUUGUUUUUUGCUGGGGGGGGGGGGGUGAAUUUGUGACUAAACUUGUAAUUAUUGACCAAGGCAGGUCUUGUAUGUCAUUUAAGGUGAUAAGUCAAACAUGUAAAAAGGAUCACAGUUAUUGUGUUAUAAUCCCAAGUAAUUUUACAUUUCCAUAGAAUUGUUGUAAUCUACAUUCUUUGGAUUCCGGGUGCAAAAAAUAUAUGCUGUACAUUUUAACUCUUUAACUGAAAUGGAUAUCUUUUAGCAUUUACAUGUGCAUGUAUUUAACAAAUGUCCCUUUUUUAAGUAAAAAGUAUAGACUAUGGAAGUUUGUAAAUAAAACAAAUCACAUGCAA